AUUAGAUAUUUCUUAAUGAUGGAAUGAGAAAAUUUUAAAGGAGAGUGACAUCAUGAACUGCUAAAUGUAAGAGUGAUUCCUUCUGAUAAGGAGUCCAGAAUGAAAGUUAGUAAAUUAUCAACACAAGCAACAGAUUUAGAAAACAAUAUUUUUAAGCUCUCAAAGUGUAAUAAAUUAUCAAAAACAAAAUCUACAGAUAAAACUCGUAACAUAAAAAAGACAAAUAUAUUAAAAAGCUUAGAUUGUGUAAAAGCCAUUAAGAAAUCUAAAAAGGAAAAUAUCAAAUGUGUUGUGACAACAGGAAAGAAAAGAAAGUGUUCAGAAACAAAUGAACAUAAUUCUAAAUCUAAAGAGUGUAAGAGAUUUGCAAACAAUGUUAAUUAUUCAAUAAAGGAAAAUAUUAAAAAACAGUUUAAUGAUACAGACAAGUUAAAACUUCAUAACUAUUCAAAAUCUGCAAAAGAAUGCAAAUAUCAAGAAAAUUCAAAGAAAAAAGCAAAAUUAAAACAACAAAUUUUAAAUGUUAAAAACAGUAAAUUUAAAAAGCAACAUCAUUCUAAUGUUACUAAUGAGAAGAAACAAAAAUCUCAUUCAAAAGGUUUAAAAGAAAAGAAAGGAAAAUUAAGCAAGCACAAAGAUCAUAAUUUGAAAUUGAACAAAAAAUCAAAAAUGAAAAGAAAUCAUUUAAAGGAGUCUAAACAAAGUUGUUUGAAUAUUCAAAAUAAAAUUUCAAAUAAAUCACUUUAUGAACAAUUAAGUAAAAUGAAACUUUCAAGUGGCAGUUCCUCAGAUAAAGAUGUACCUAUUAAAAAGAAAAAAGAAGUUAUAUGUAAUGGAUCAUUAUAUAGUCCUGUUAAGAAAACUUAUAAAGAAAAACAACAAAAUUUUAUUCCAAACAAAAAAUUAAAGUGUAGAACUUUUGAAGAAAAUAUACCACCUCAAGAAAAUUUGUCUAGUGUUUCUUCAACCAAGACUACGCCAACUUCGACAUCUCGUUGUCACCGUGUGGCUAGUUUAAAUGCAAUAGCAAAAGUGCAUAUAUUAUUUGAGAAUGAAUUCAGAAACUCUAGUAACAAUGAAAAAAAGGAAGAUACAAAAAGAAAACUUUCUACCUCAUUUUUAAAACAUAAUGUUGCAGCACCUAAACAAGAAUUAGAUAAAAAAGCAGGAAAAGAAAUUAAAACAAAAGUACAUGGAAAGAAAAAUGCACAGCAAACCAAAAAUAUGAAUAUUGUUUCAACAGAUAAAGGAGAAGAAUUAAAUAAAGAAAAGUCAGAAGAAAAUGAUUUGAAUGGCACACGAAGGAGUAAAAGAAUGGCAAGUAUGAAUGCACAAGCAAUAUUAGCUGUUACAUGUUCUUUAAGACCAAGAAGAAAAAGUAAUAAAGUGGCUAUACCAGAACAUAUUUCCGUUUCAAGUACAGAAAGUGACAUGACUGAAAUACAAGUAAAAUGGUCAUCAGAAAAAGUACACCAAGAAGUGAAUAAUAAAUCAAAUUCUUCCACAUCAUAUCAUCAAAGUAAAGUAGUUAUUAUGGGUGUUAGAAGCACUAGAACACUCAAAGCAGAUCAAUUGAAUAACCAUUUAAAAGAUAUGAAAAAAAGCAAAUCUAAAUUAGGAAAGAAAAAGCCUGUCAGAAAAGAUGACGACAACUUAGUACAAAAUAACUUAUGUAGUUAUCAUGCAGUUGCAUCUAAUAACAACAUGGCAGUUAGCAGAUUGGGUCUUACCAAAUAUACAAAAGUUACUAAAGUGCACAUAAAUACUAAAGGAAUGGACUUGAAAUCUCCAGAAGAUUCAAACCUUCAUGAAAUAGAACAAGGAGAAAUGGCUGUUAUGAGCACUUAUCGUUAUCAGACAAAAGACAGUUGCUAUCACCACUGGCGAACCAUGUUUAGCAAACCAGUGCCUGGUCAGCUAUCUAACCAGACAGAUGCUGACUGUAGUGGAUGUUAUUUAACUAAUCCAACACAUACAUAUUCAUAUCCAGCAAAUUCUGGUUCAUUAUCCAUUCCAGGUGUUGGUGCAGAUGAAGCAAGAGAUUGUUGCAUAAAUGGUUGUGAUCCAACUUCUUCAGUGCCAUGUAAUGUGGAUAGAUGUAACUGUCAACAAAAUGAUCCCUAUUUCCAACGAAUAAUUGAUCCCUUCUGUAAUAAUAAAUCUGUUUAUCCUGCACAGCCAUCUUGUCUUACUCUUCAGCAACAGAACUCAAAUUUAACUUGUUGUUCAGGAGAACAAAGUGUACCACAGGAAACUCAUCAUGCUAGCACAUGUACGAGACAGGAAAGACUUUGUUCUGUAGACCAAUGUCAUCAACAAUUAUCUAAUUUUCAGACACAUUAUACAGAUGCAUCAAAUCCAAAUAAUCAGUCUUGCCAACAGACAUAUCCAAAUAGAUAUUCAUACAAUGUCCAUUGUCAUCGAGCCUGCCAACUGCAUAAAUUUUCAUUUCCGUGUCAUGGCUGUACAACCCCAAACCAUAUCCAUAGGUCUCAUUUACACUCCUGUUUGAAUUACCAAAAAGCACUUUCGUCUCAUAGCCAAGAUAUAUGUCCUCCUGCACCUCAUUCUCCUAAUCCACCACUUGCAGCUCCGACUUCAGAUUCGGCAGCUUCUCUAGCAGCAAAAGUACCAAGACCGGAAUUAUUAAUGCCACAGGAAGCAAACCUUCCAACCGAAGGAAAGCUUUCAAUCGAAGAUGGAAGUUAUAAAUAUUGUUUAGUUUGUGAAAAUGACAGAAAUAUAAAAUGUGUGCCUUCAAGUAGAUCAAGCCUUUUGAAUCAGGAUUCUCUAAAUAAUUCUGAAUCAUUAUACUUUAAUUCUACAACAGCAGAUAAACAACGAUUGAGAUCAAUAGUUGAAGAUAUUCAAUUAUCACAGAGUGGGAAAAUAAAUAAUUGUAAAUUUACAAAUGAAAAAGUAAAUAAGAAGCAUCAACUUGAAAAUAAACAUCCAUCCCGAAAAUCUUUCAAAUUUCUGAAAUUGAAUCAAAAAUGGAGGCGAUCCGAAAGCCCAGAAGAUGAUAUUCCAUUGUGCAAUUUGAACAAGCAGCAAGUGUCAACAGGCUUCUCGCAGUUGGAUAAUGGCACGGUUAAUGAAGAUUUACAAAAAUCUACAAAAAGGCAUAGAAAACAAACAUUAUCUAAAUUUUCAAAUCAUAAAAAGCUGUGCAACAAAGAUUCAGAUAGUACAUGUGUUAAAUUAAAGAAAUUAGAAGAAAUUAUACCAAAGUUAACAUUACACUCUUCCAUUCCUAGAAGAAUUGGAAAAACAAAAUAUUCAAAUGGAUGGUCGUGGGAAGGCGAACCUUUUGAAAAACUAGUCUUGUUAAAUAACGAUGAUAUACCCCGUCUCAGGAAAUGUUAUUCUGCAAUGCGUCAUGUAGAAGGUGAUGUUAUAAGAGUUCGGGAUUGUGUGUUACUAAAGUCUGGACCUCGCAAAGCUGAUCUGCCUUAUGUAGCAAAAGUAGUUGCAUUGUGGGAAAACUUUGAAGAUGGUGAAAUGAUGCUCAGUUUGUUAUGGUAUUAUCGGCCUGAACAUACAGAUCAAGGAAGAAAGGCACAUCAUAUGGAAGAUGAAAUAUUUGCUUCCAAACAUAGAGAUAUAAAUAGUGUAGCAUGUAUUGAAGAUAAAUGUUAUGUUUUAACUUUUGGUGAAUAUUGCAGAUACCGUGCCUGGCUUAAAAUGUUAGAAGAAGGUACGAGACCAAAAGUUUCACCCGUACCAGAUAUGGAAGAGUGUUAUAUUCGUAAAGAUAGACUUCCACCUGGUAGAGUCUCUUCAGAAAUGAUUUUUUUCUGUCACAAAGUGUAUGAUUUUCGCCAAAGACGCAUAUUGAAGAAUCCUACAUGAACAGUGUAAUUAUAUUGGUUCUUGUUUCCUGUGAGAAUAUAUUUAUCAUAUUUCUUAUUUGUGACAUUUGUCACUAGAAGAAGAAAUAUAUUCAAUUUGAUGAAACUGUAAGCUUAUUUUAAGAGCUUCGUGUUUUUUGAGAGGGGUAACAAAUAUAAAAAUGUCCACCAAAAGAAAAUUAUAUCAAUUUUUCUAAAUGAAAAAUAAAUUCAUAAAUAAUUGCAGAAUGGCAAUGAAAGCAAAGUACUGUCAAACGAUAUCAAGCAGAUAUUGUUUGCAAAGGUUUGGUGGAACAAAUUAUUCAAAGAAGUAGAUUAAUUUAAGAAUGAAUUUAUUUAUUUAAAUAUUAAAAGAUAUCAAUCUAGAUUGUCUUGUACAGUAUAUUGGCCAAAUCUUAAAAAAAAAAGAAAAAAAGAAAAAAAUUGUUCACUCAUAAUUACUAAACUAUCAUUAAUUUAAUUGUUGAGAAAUAUUCUAGAAACUGCACUUGAUGAGCCUCAUCACUUUUAAUUGUUAUUGUUGUUUGUGAUUCAUAGUGAUACAGUGACCUGUAGUAUAUGUAUUUUUUAGCAGAUAUACAGUUUAGGAUUCAAAGAUUUACAAAAAAGGAAUAUAACUUUCUUGUUAUAAUUUUUUUUUCUUUUUGGUAAAGAUAUAUUUAAAUAUGUAAACUACCUAAAAGCAAAAAAAAGAAUAUUUUAAACACUAUUUCACUGUCAGAACAGAAAAAUUAUGGCUUCCAUUGAGUACCAACAUUGUAUUAAAAUAUGCAGUCUGCCAAAUUUGAAUCCAUCUUUCUCAUUUACUAUAUAUUUAAUCGAUACACCCACUUCAAAUUGUAAAUUUUAUUAAAAACAUGAACAGAAUUUCAUUAAAUUGCAUAAAUGGAUUGCUUUUAAGUAGUUUACAUACAUAUUUAUAUUAGUGUCUUUGUAAUGCCAAACUAGUCUUUGUACUUUAUUCGAUAAAGUUAUAUAUUAGGAAUGCACCUGGGAACAUUUUUAUAGUAGUCACUCUUCACAUGUAUCAUUUAAAAUACUGUAUCUUUGCUGAUAAAAUGAAAAAAAAAAAUUAUAUCAGUAAUUCUUUAAAAAUUAUAGUUUGCAUCUAGUAAAUAUGAAAAUCUAUUAUAGUAACUAUUGGAAUUUUAGUAAUGAUAUUCAUCCUCAUAUCACCAGCAUCAAUAAUUAUGUUAAAAGAUGUUUCUUAUUUUGCAGAGUUUUUUGCCCAUUCCACUCUGUUGACUAUUCUAUCAUUAUUUUUGUUUUUUAAUUUUAUAUUUACAUUCCUUUCAAAACAUCAUUUUUAAUCUUCCAUUAAAUUAAUACAGUUAUUAUAGUUAUAUAUAGUAGUGCCUCAUUAUAUAUACAGUGAUAAAAAAAUAUCUUUGUCCAUUGUCCAUAAUUAUAUUCCUGAUUGAAAGUUUUUUUUUCAAAAAUUUGGUUUGCAUAACAUAAGAAAAAAAGUUACUGCUGUAAAACUAUUUGUACAAAUCAAACCGAAUUGUAAUAAUCAGAAUAUAAACUUGUGUAUGCUUUUUUCUUUAAUUGUCAUUUCCAGAUGAAAAGAAUCAUCGGAAACAGGAAAAAAAAGGCACGAUAUCCUUGCUACGAAUUCUUUUUCUGUAUACUUCUACAUUACUGUGGAUGGAAGAUUUCUGUAGAUUCGGUCAGCUGUGUUGGUAUAUAAUAGAAUGUUGUAUUUGAAUAUUAUCUCUGA